UAAACGGUAAUCUGUGUCCGUACAGGUUAAAGCUCAUCCCUAUAAGAAUAGCCAAAAAUGACGGAUUUGCCCAUCCGCUGUACAUCUACAGCCUGUAGAACCGGAACUAAACUUUUCUUUUUGGUAAACAACCGGAACCAAACUUUAAACUUAUUAGACGACAACUCUUGACGUGAAGCUCGUCACUCCUUGCUUCCACGAGAGGUUUUGUUUUUAUUUUAAAUGGCGGCGGCGAUGAGACUCAAAGGAGGCGUUCUCAUCUCGAUCAUCUUCUUCUCCAUCGUCCUUUCUUCAUGCCCACUUGCUCACUCUUCUUCUACAAAAUCGUUCUUUUGGUUAGAAGAAAGAGAAGAUAUGAAAGCCAUGAAGAAGGAGAAUGAGAUUGGUGUUGUGGGAUCAGCUAACGAAGUUGAAGAAAGACAAGUUCCGACUGGAUCUGACCCUCUUCAUCAUAAACACAUCCCCUUUACUUCUCCAUAGUUUAAUUGCCUCUACAUCUUCUGUUUCGCACAAAUUCAUAGUAGUUUGUAGGACUUUUACGUUCUUUACUUCACUCUAUCGUUUUGUUUAUCCGAGUCAAAUUAAUUUCAGGUUCUUAAAUGAUUAA